AUGUUGAAGCACGUCUGCAGCUGGGGGGUGGCAGGGAGCCCUGGGGCCAGCAGGCAUCCUGCAGUGGGUGACAGUUGCCCUGUCUUUCUCUUGCAGCAGCUGGAGUUCAUCACCCCCUUCCAGCUGUACUUCAACCCUGACCUCAUCUUCAGGAAGUUCCAGAUAUGGAGGCUGAUCACCAACUUCCUCUUUUUUGGGCCCCUGGGAUUCAGUUUCUUUUUCAACAUGAUAUUUCUGUACAGGUACUGCCGCAUGCUAGAAGAAGGCUCCUUCCGUGGAAGGACAGCUGACUUUGUCUUCAUGUUUCUCUUUGGAGGAUUUCUCAUGACACUAUUUGGCCUCUUUGCCAGCCUGUUUUUCCUGGGCCAAGCUUUCACCAUCAUGCUGGUGUAUGUGUGGAGUCGCAGGAACCCUUACAUCCGCAUGAACUUCUUUGGGCUCCUUAACUUCCAGGCCCCCUUCUUGCCCUGGGUCCUGAUGGGAUUUUCCCUGCUUCUGGGCAAUUCCAUCAUCAUCGACUUACUGGGGAUUGCAGUGGGUCACAUCUAUUAUUUCCUGGAAGAUGUCUUCCCCAACCAGCCAGGAGGAAAGAAGUUACUGUUAACUCCAGGCUUCCUGAAGAUGGUAUUUGACACACCUGAAGAGGAUCCCAAUUACAACCCUCUCCCUGAGGAUCAGCUAGAAAACCAACCUGGAGACCAAGACCAGAACCAGCAGCAGCGUCCACAAUAAUGUGAAGAACUUCUCCAUGCGACCAGAUUCUUCUCUUCCUGCUGGACUUAUGUGGUGCCCCAGAGAUCCUACUGGAAUAACACCAGUUGCCAUUCUAAUGUGUACUGUUUCGCUGUUUGUAUGGGUAACCCAUCUUCCUUUUGUUCCAAGUGGUUCCACAGAGCUUUGCACGUGAAAACUGAUGAAUGUUUAUAGAAGUAUUCUAGGGACAGGGGGUGGAAGUUACGUGAUGCUCCUCAGUCACCCAACAGGGAGUAAGUAUCCAAUGGGGCCUUAAACCAGUUACUCCUUCUCUUGCUAUUACUGACUUGCAGUGUACCAUGUCACUUCUGCUCUUUGUACAAAGACCAGUGCUCCCUUUGCAGUGUUGUGAGACAUCACUGUGGGCUUUCAAUCAAAUAAUACUCCCUGGCAUGGUACAAACACAGUCAGAUCUCCCAAACAAAAAACUACUGUAGCAGAAUGCAGUUCAGCCCCUCCCUUUUCUCUGAGGGCCCCCCCCCCACCUUUGCCCUUUUUUGUUUCCAAAGAGUCUUUAUAUUAAAAUCUCUAUUUUUCAGUUGUGUGUCCUUUUAUGCCAAAGGCAGAGGCAGUUAUCGCUUUCUCUGUAGGCUAAGUCAUCAGUACUGAUCAGGACUGUCCUCAAAAGUGCCAGGCUUUGAAGCAGGCAAGGGAAAAGGCAGGCUUGCCAGAUGAUGUCUUCCCUGCUUCUGUCAGCAGGGAGUGUGAGGUGUGAUUGUUGGAGAAGGGGAUACCUGGGAAAGGUCAUCUUUCUGGCCAGAGCAGAGCUGAAAGCUUGUUCCAGUCUGUGACCAGAAGUAGAACUUGGAGCUAGUAAUAAAGGCUAAGCAAGCAGUGUA